AUGGGUAAUACAGAAAGCAUCUCGUCUGUGUAUUAUUCAUCGAUUCGAACAUCUUUGAAUUCCAUAACUCCUUUAUAUGAAGCAUGUCGUGAUGGUGAUGAAGAAAAAGUUCGAAAUCUUUUACCAAAAUACUCUCAUCUCGAUAUAAAUCGACAAGAAUUUCAUUAUGGUGGAAACACAUGUUUACAUAUUGCUGCUGCACAAGGUCACGAUAACAUUGUUAAACUUUUACUUCAACAUGGGUGUUAUCGAUCAUCUCUUCUUAAUUCACAAAAUCAAAGUGCUUAUGAUAUGGCUGCAUUACAUAAAGAAUCUACACGUUUAUUAUUUCUUCGCCAAGAUACACUAAAUUUAUCAUCAAAAUAUUCUUCGCGAUUUUUCGAACAAAAUCCAUCGGAAUGUUUUGAUGUAAUUAAAGUUGACGAUAAUCAAGAAAAUAAUGAUGAUAANAUAAUAUUAGUUAAAUAUAUAGUAAAUAAAUCAUCUUCAUCCGUUGCUUUUCGUAUAUGUUUUACUUCAAAUAAAGUCCAUGAUAAAAACUCAACAACAUUUGACAAAAAGUCUAUUAUACAAGCAUACAAAACUGAAGAAGAAAAGAAACAUGAAAUCGAAUAUUCUGCAAGUUCAAAAGCGAUGUGUCAAUCACGUUUGGCCCGUUUUUGUGUUAAUCAUUUGCAUUCUGAUAAACCACUAAAUCAUUAUGCAAUACUAAAACGUUUAAAUAAUUUAUUGGAAGAAUGUAGUAUAAAUAAUUCUGAUGAUUAUAUUAAAAUAGAAGAUUUGAUAAAGCAAUAUGGACAAAAUGAAAAUGCAAUUGAACAAUUACUUCAUUUAUAUACACUUGAAACAAAAUUUUAUCGAAUAUUGCAUAAAGAUUGUUUACCAUUAGCUUUACCAUUAUUUAUACAUUUACCAAAUCUAAAAGAACGAUUUUUUAAAGGCCGUGUUUAUCGUGGUGUGCACAUGGCAGACGAAGUAUUAUUAGUAUAUCAAAUGGCUAUGGAAACACCAGGAACAGUGCUACAAACACGUUCAUUUUCUUCAACAUCUAUUAAUCGUUGUGUUGCUGAACACUUUGCACAUUUAGAAAAGAAAAAUAAUGAAAGGAAAUUCAGUGUAUUACUUAUAUUCGAUUUUCCUGAUGUAUGCGAUCAAGCUAUUAAUCUUACAAGAAUAUCAAAUGAUAAACCAUGUUUAAGUGAAUAUGAAGAUGAAAAUGAAGUGCUUAUUUUACCAUGGACUUUAUUUGAAGUAAAACAUAUACGAAAAGCAACGGAUGAAGAUGAUUUAUUUACUAUAUAUUUAACUAAUAUUAUCAUAACAAAAAAAAAUCUUUUAUCAACAUUUAAAUGGAGUUGGGUUGAAUUUAAAAAAGGAAUUAUUCAAGAAAAAAAAUUAAAAUUUGAUUGUGCAUUUCAAAAACAUAAAACAUCAAUGCCUAAAAAUUAA